AUGGCAAAAAGGACUUUGCUCACUAGCUCCAGCAUAGCGGACGAAAAAGAAACUAAAAAUGAGAAAGCGAGUCCGCGCCACACUGCCGCAGACAUGGAGCGGUAA